AACCCCAGAGCAGAGAGACAACAAAUGCCUCUGGCCCCCGACAGACCUGUACGCCAGACAUCCAGGCUGUGCUGAGAGAGAUGAGCGCCUCCCUGGCUGAACAAAAGGUGGAGAUAAGGCACUUACAGAGAGAGAAUCAAGCACAAGCAGCUAAGCUGAAAGAACUGGAGCUGCAGAACACUCAGGUGGAGAAGCUGAAGCAACAGCAACAAGUACAAACAGCAGAUCUGAUGGCCGUGAGAGCCAGAGCAAACGUCACAGAGAACCAGGUGGAAGCUCUGAAGAGGGACAGAGACGUAAAACGAGUGGCUUUCUCAGCCUCUCUGCUGGCUUCAGGCUCAGGAACUGUGGGACCAUUUAACACACACACUCCUCUGGUCUUCAGACAUGUCGUCUCAAACAUCGGAAAUGCCUACAGCCCAAACACAGGGUUUUUCAUCGCACCAGUGAGAGGAGCCUACCACUUUGAGUUCUACAUAGGUGCACAUGGACAUGCUUCUCAUCCUUCAGGUGCUGUGUUGGUCAAGAACGGAGCCCAUGUUUUUAUUGCAUAUGAGCAUCAGACAUCCCAUUAUGGGAGUUCUGCUAAUGGCGUUACGCUGCUUCUAGAGGUCGGAGAUGUUGUGUUUUUACGUCUGUGGGCAAACACAAGGAUGUUUGACAAUGAAAACCGACAUAGCACCUUCAGUGGACAUCUGCUUUUCACCAUGUGA